AUGAUCAAUUCAAGCUUAAUACUCGAGUGCUUUGCCGGAACUUUAGUCACUGAUGUCAAUACUAGAACACAAGCCGAGGCAAAACUUCGAGAGUUGUCUAUACAACCAGGGUUUCUUGGAUGCUGUCUCGACAUUCUAGCUCAACCAGAUACGCCGGCUCACGUAAAGAAGGCCGCUGCUGUUUAUUUUAAAAACAGAGUGAUUAAGUUCUGGAACAUCAAAGAUGUGUCAAAUACACUUCGCAUAGAUAAUGACGAAAGACCAGUUAUAAAAGACCGAUUAUUACCAGUGAUUCUUGUCUGUGAUUAUCACAUUAAACAACAAUUGAUCCCUGUGUUGCGAUUAUUGAUUUCAUUGGAGUUUGAUAAUUGGAACCUGUUGUUGCAACAAACUGGCGAAUUAUUAUCUCAGCUGCAAAACUCAGAAGAUCAUUUGUACACGGCCAUGUUGUGUUUCAAGGAAAUCGCCAGAAAGUUCAAGUGGACUGAUAAUGAAGUUAAAAAGCAAAAAUUUUACUCCAUUAUUAAUCAAGUAUUUCCCUACUUGUUAACAAUUGGGAACUCAAUUGUGAAAAAUGUAGCCGACGGAGAAGAGAUUACUGAGCUCAAAGCAGAGAUUUUGAAAAUGAUACUCAAGUUGUACAAGUAUGUGACAUAUUAUGACUUUCCAGAGCAAUUACGAACCAGAGACCAAGUGUUUGCUUGGGGUGAAUUUCAUGCAUCUGUAAUCAAUAUGCGUCCUCCAAGUUAUGCCACUGGGUUAGACAUAUCUGAGCAGGAGAAGUCUUUCCUACAAGUUUCUAAAUGUUACAAAUGGGCUAUUGCCAAUAUUUUGCGUUUAUUUAUACGAUAUGCAUCAUCCAAUACCUUGAGCAGAAAGGUUUCUUACAAAGAGUUUCAUGAUUUAUUCAUCUCCGAGUUUAUCCCUCAUUUCAUUCAACAGUUUUUAACAAUCAUUGAGGAAUACUGUCAGGGCAAAAGAUGGCUAGGAGUGACAGCACUCUAUCAGAUUCUCGAGUUUUUAAGUCAUUGUAUUAUUGAACUGUCUACUUGGAAAUUGAUUAAACCUUAUUUUGAAACUUUAAUUACGCAUUUGGUAUACCCAGUAAUUGUUCCAACUGAUCAAAUUUUGGAAAUUUAUGAAGAGGAUCCUCAAGAGUACAUCAAUUUGUGCUUUGAUAUAACAGGGGACUACGACAAUGCAGAAUCUGCCGCUUUGGGAUUUAUCGCCACUGCUUUACACAAACGAAGGAAAUCAUGUUUGAAACCAAUCACCAAUCUAAUACAAACCGAAUUGACCCAAUUGCAACAAGCUCAAGAGGAAACUUUGGAAGCGGCAAAGAAGAAGGAAGGUUUGUUGAGAAUCUUGGGAAACAUCUCGGGAUAUUUACCAAAGGAUGCAUCAAUUGAGCCAAUGUUGUCGUCAUUGGUUAUUCCUAAUUUGAAUUCGAAAUAUGAUUUCCUUAAGGCGAGAGCAAUUGAAGUUUGUUCACAAUUUUCCGAUGUUACAUUCACCAACCAUCAAACUUUGUCGAUAUUGGUUCGUGGCAUUUUGCAAAACUUUGAUGAUCCAAAUGCAACGUUGCCAGUUCAAUUCAAUAGUGCUUUGGCAAUACAGGCAUUUAUCCCCGUUGAUGAAUUUAAGCAAGUAUUGGCAACGAUUGUUUUGCCAACCAUGUCCAAGCUCUUGGAAAUGUCGAACGAGAUUGAUAAUGACGCCAUUUCAGUAGUGAUGCAAGAGUGUGUUGAGAAUUUCUCAGAACAGUUGCAACCAUUUGGAGUCGAUUUAAUGAGCAAGUUGGUGUCUCAGUUUAUGCGUCUUGCGGUUGAGAUUAACGAUGCUGCUCAAGUUGAUGUUGAUGAUUUCGAUGGCAGCUAUGACGACCAAGGCGAUAAGUCAAUGGCAGCUGUAGGGUUCAUCAACACCAUGAUCACCGUCCUUUUGUCAUUUGAAAAUUCACAAGAAAUUUGUAUCAAGUUGGAAGAAAUAUUUUCUCCGGCUAUUGAAUAUGUGUUAAGUCAUGAAAUGGAUGAAUUCUAUGCUGAAAUUGGUGAAUUGAUGGAUAAUUCAAUCUUUUUGUUGAGAACAAUCACUCCAUGCAUGUGGUCCAGUUUUAAUUUAUUAUACAAGAGUUUUGAAAACGGAUCGGCAUUAAUGUAUGUCGAAGAAUUGACGCCAUGUUUGCAAAAUUUUUUAAUUUUUGGUAAACAAGAAAUCAAGAGUAAUGGAGCAUUGGCUGAGUCGAUGUAUUCCAUAUUGGAAAUGAUUUCAUCCGAUGCAGAUGAAUUGAGUGUUGCUGACUUGAAUAUCGCUUUUGAAAUUGCGCAGACUUUUGUGUUGAGCUUGGAGGAUAAUGCCACUCCUUUUAUUGCUAAAUUGAUUGCAUUUGAUCUUGAAAAUUUUGACAAGUUGGAAACCAGAAAAUUGACCAGUGCUUUCGCUAUUAAUGCCCUUAAUGUAAUUAUUGCAUCGUUGAUUUACAAUUGUCAAGACACAAUCUCCUUGCUUCAACAAUCCAACCACUUGGUGCGGUUUUUCAACAAAUGGUUUGAGGUGAUUCCGCAAUUAUCGAGAGUCUACGAUUUAAAAUUAUCAUUAUUGGGGUUGAUAAGUUUAUCGAAGCUUGAUAGUUUACCGCAAGAAAUUGUUCAAGAGAUAUCUCCCAAGUACGUCAAGUUACUAAAGUUACUAUCAAAGGCGAUUCCCGAGUUGGAAAAGAAACGAAAAGACAUUGAUGGUUUAAAUGGUGACAAUCAAGGUCUUCCGACAUCAACUAGUUUUGUUAAUGACGGUGAUGACGAAUGGGAAGAAGAUUUCGAUGAUAUUGAAGCCAAUGAAGCAGGACACGAGGAUCAAGAUACAAAACUCACUUCUCGGGGCAAUGGAGGAGGAGGAGAAGAUGAUGAAGAAGAUCUAGAUGAGGAUGCCAUCCGCCGAUACACUGAACUCCUCGAAUCAGAAAAUGCUGAUUUAGCUGCACUGGGUUUCUUUAGCUCAAGUGAUGAAGAAAUAUUUGAAGAUCCUUUAGCUACCACGCCAUUAGAUGAAGUAAACAUAUUUGAAGUUUUCAAAUUGUAUUUACAUGAUCUUCAGCAGAACAAUGUAAACCAUUUUCAGAAAUUGUUUGGUAAUUUAAGUGAAGAUGAUCAGAAGUUGAUUGUUGACUUGAUCAACAUGUGA